CCAAUAGUACAAAAUCACAGUGACGUUAACUUCCAAAAACAACCAACUACCCUUCAAACCCCACGAAACUUCCAACAACCAAAGAUCCCAUUCCCACGCAACGCAACCUCCAUCCUCUCCAAACCGGUGCUCCUAUACCAUAACAUAUGCCCGAGAGAUAUCUGCGGCGGAGGGCUCAGGCCACUGGUGGACGGAAAAGCAAGCCGCCGAAGCCGUCGCCAUCCCCUCGGAGGAGGAGCCCGCCCCCUCGGAGAUCGGCGAAGCUGGCUUCCAAGUCCGUAAAGAUUUUGAAGCGAUGCUCUUCGGAACCGGUUCUUUGGAGUUCUCCCGUCGGUAUUAGCAGCAGCACCAGCGACGACGAUCGGAGUUUGAGAUCCGAGGGUGGUGCUGUUCUUGAUAGGCCUCACACAUUUACGGACAUGUGCGCGUCCUCGCCUUCGUUGUUUGGUCUCUCUCCGCAGGGGUACGAGAUCUUGCCCAUGUCAAAUCCCGUGAUUAGGUGUGUGCGUGACGUGUCUCCUGGAUACAAGAAAGAUGCAAAGGUGGUGGUUAAUGUGACAGUCGAAGGAAGUCCAGGACCACUGCGGGCCAUGGUUAAAUUAGGGGCAAGUGUGGAGGACACCAUCAAGCUUGUUGUUGACAAAUAUUGCGAAGAAGGCCGAACUCCAAAGCUUCACCGGGAUUUAGCAUCCUCAUUCGAAUUGCACGACUCCUAUUUCAGCCUUAAAAGUUUGGAUAAAUCAGAAUUGGUCGGGGAUGUUGGUAGCAGAAGCUUCUAUCUUCGAAAGAGUAGCAGUGGUCAUGGUAGUAAUGGAGCGUCUCCAUGCACUUCAGACAUUAAUGUUCCGGCAAGAGAAAGCUCUCCCCCACCCAUUCCACCUCCUGCAUUUUUCUUACUCCCAUCUUUCAUAGCUCGAAAGAUCAGUAAAUUUUUUAGAAGAACACGUAGGCUUUUGAAACUCUUUAUCUGCAUAUAAUGAUGCAUGACCCAAACACCACACCCAUCGUUAAUUACAUUACUGUUUUUUUCUUUCUGAAUCAGUUUUUCUUUCAUGCGUAAAGAAUGUACAGAAAUAUUACAAUACAAGAUUGAGCCUCGUUUGCUUUCUCAAUCA